AUGCAAAAUGCAAAAAAUCUUGAAGUGAAAUUCUCAGAACUCUCUGUGAAGGCAAGUAGAUUGCUUUUUCUAGUGCCAUCAGUUCUUUGUAGUGACAAUGCACCAGAUCUUAACAACACAAUAGAAGUGUACAGUGAUGACCUUCCCUUCCCAGAGCUGGCAGCAAGUGAAAUAGUAAAUUGGAGACAGUUUAUAACAGAGGAAAAAAAUAACAGAGGAAAAAUGCUGAUACACAAGCAGCUGCUAUCAAGGUUUGUGACAAGGCCUUUUUCCCCAACACAUACACUCUAUUACAAAUUGGUUGUACUCUACCUGUUGGGAGCUGUGUUUGUGAACGAUCUUUCAGCUCAUUACGUAGACUCAAUACCUAUAAUAGGGCAACCAUGAGGGAAGAAAGACUUUCCAAUCUUGCCAUGUUGAACAUUCAUUACGAAAAGCCUAUUGACUUAGGUCGAG